AUGGCUGCAAAUGUGUUCGGAAAAGGGUCACGGCCAAUUGUGGUGGGAAACGUGUCAGGCUCGACCGGUGAUCGAUUAGACGGACUGAAGUCGAUGCUAACAGGGGAUACGACAGUCGAUGCAAUCGUUGGGGACUGGCUAUCAGAGUUCAAUCUGGCUUCGAGGUCGCUCCAGGUUCGUGCGGGCAAGAAAGCUGGCUACGAGCCAGGAUUCCUGUAUUCCCUGAGGGAUGCCCUCCAAGAAUAUGUGGACUACAGAAACCCAAAUCUUCGGAUUGUGGUGAAUGCCGGCGGUCUCGAUCCGAGGGGGCUCGCUGAGGAAGUCCAUAAGCUCCUAGUGGCUCGAGGUUGCCCAAGGAAAGUCGCAUAUGUUGUUGGCGACAACCUCCUCCCCCAGAUCAACAAUCUCGACAUACAGCCCCUGACGAGAGCGACGGGUGACUUCCAGAGCUGGAAGCACAAAUACCCAGAUGUCAUCCUGGCCCUAGUCUACAUUGGCUGCUGGGGGAUCGUCCAGGCUUUGGAGGCCGGAGCCGACAUCGUCAUUUGUGGACGAUGCACAGAUGCAAGCACUGUCAUGGGGGUGGCGGCCUGGUGGCAUGGUUGGAAACGAACCGAUGUUGACAAACUUGCGGGCUCCCUUGUCGCUGGACAUCUAAUAGAAUGUGGCUGCUACGUCACUGGAGGCAACUUCGGAGGCUUUCAGAGCCUCUUUCCAAAGUACUAUGAUUUAUCCUUCCCGAUCGCCUCGAUUGGAACGGAUGGAACUAGCGUGAUUCAGAAGCAUUCGAACCAGAACGGGAUCGUGACAGUGGACACGGUCCGGGGACAGCUUCUUUACGAAAUCCAAGGGCCUUUCUACUACAACGCCGACGUAAUCGCCGAUCUGUCUGGUAUCAAGGUUGAGCAGAUUGGCCCAGACAGAGUGCACGUCUCCGGAUUCAAAGGUCUUCCGGCCCCAGAGACUCUGAAGGUUGCAAUUAUGGCGUUGGGCGGUUAUCAGGCCGAAUUUUCGCUCUACGUGACGGGGCUAGCCUCCAAGGAGAAGGCACAGAGCUUCGAGAUCAUGUCCCGCAAGAUGCUGGACACCAGCCAGUACAAUGUCCUGGAUUUCCAGCUUUACGGAACUCCGAAAGAGGAUCCGCAAAGCCAGCUCGAAGCGACUCUACAGCUUCGAGUCCUCGCACAGGCAAAAGACCCAAAAUGUUUGAGCUCUGGGCGCUUUUUGGGUCCUCUCAUGAGCAAUCAAUUAUCUGGGUAUCCGGGCCUCACGGCCAACGUGGACUUCAGAACGGCAGAACCGAAACUGCUCUCCACGUACUUCCCGGGGCUGGUCAACCAGAAACACGUCCAGCUACACGUCUUCUUUGUCUCUCAAGGCCACGCACGAGGUAUAGCUGUUCCAGGGCAUGAAGUCUACACACCGGUACAUCUGCUUCCAGGCCAGCCAGACUAUCAGCCAGCCAACCCGGCGCCGUUUUCCGCCUUCGGGCCUACUGUCAAGGCUCCACUCGGGCUCGCGGUAUACGCUCGAAGUGGUGACAAGGGUGCAAAUGUCAACGUGGGCUUUUUCAUCCCCAGAGGCAUCCAUGAAGCAGAAAAGUACGACUGGCUUAGGAGUCUUCUUACGACUGAACGGUUGCGGGAGCUUUUGGCACGCGAAGCAACGGCAGAAACGCAUAUCGAGCGAUGUGAACUCCCGCAUAUCCGUGCCGUUCACUUCGUCAUUCACGGUCUUCUAGGCGCCGGUGUGAGCACCUCCGUCAAGAUGGACGCGCUGGGAAAGAAUCUGGCAGAGUACCUGAGGGCUCGGCAUGUAGACAUACCUGAGAAGUUUCUUGCAAAGGAGGCGGUUUUAUAA